AUGAAGCUGCAGGGUAAUGGGGACUCUGCUGUGUCCUCCACCCAGGCAAACACUCUGCACAUCAGCCAGUGUUACUCAGUGGGUGGAUCUGAGGCGAUAUUCACAUAUGAUGGGGUCUCCAACAAGCUCAAACUGGCUGACUCAGGAGCGGGUGGUGUGGCAGAGCUGGCGGAGAAGUUCCACAUCUCCAAGCCUCAAUACGGACUGUGCAAAGUUGAAAGUGUGGAUGCAGGAGGCCCUCGGAUUGCUAUGAUCAGCUGGGUCGGUCAAAAUGUGGAUGACUUCCGAAGGACAGAAUGUGCCAGCCACAUUCCAGCCAUCAAAAACUUCUUCAAGGAAGCACAUGCGUUCAUUAGUGCAGAUAAAGUGGAGGAUGUGACAGAAGAGAAGAUAAGCGCACAGCUCAGUCAGGUCCAGGCCCAAACUCCCACACAGUGGGUGAGAAGGAGCUCUCGGUCGGCGGACAAGGAGGAAUUAGUGGGUACUAACUACAGGAAAACGAAUGCUGCAAUGGAGAUGAGACGAAUAAACAGAGAAUCCUUCUGGGCAUGUGCAGAGCUUGAAGAGGAAGAGAGGAAAGAGGAGGAUAAGAGGCGUGCAGCAGAGGAGAGACGUCGCAUUGAAAGAGAAAGAGUUUCAAAGGAGCGGAGGGAUGCCGACGAGAGGGACAGGAAGAUGAAUGAGAAGCUACAGAUGAUUGAGGAGCAGAGAAGAAAACAGGCGGAGCAAGAAGAAGAGCUGCGCGGAAAGGAGAAGUUUAAAUGGGAGCAGCAGCAGAGGGAGCAUGUGGCAGAUAUGAGGGCUCGUCUUUGUCGGAGUGAGUCCAUAGAGAAAGCAGCAGAGGCAGCAGAGCUGGUGUCCCAGCGCUCUAUGAACCCGAGGGAGUUCUUCAGGCAGCUGUCAUCAUCAUCAUCAUCACAAAGUCCCACCAGCCCUGGAUCCUCCCGCUCUGGAAAACCCUUCAGGCGAUACCAGCGCAGCCUGACGGACACGGCCUUCAUGUUCUCUAAAGCCGAAGAGAGAGCGUCCUGCUCCCCUUACAGCUCACCCUUGGUCUCCCCCUUCACCCGAGCUCCCCCCUCCCCCGUCCACCGUGCCACGUCUCCCUCAACAAGUCCAGAUUUCCGCGCUGUCGCCUCUCCGCAAAGGCCCAGAGCCCCCGUGUCACCGCCCACGUCACCUCUCCGCCCGGCCCCUCCAGUUUCAGCUCCGCCCGGCGUUCCACAAGCCGACAACCAACUUCAGGCUGUUGUUGAGCCCAAACCCCCGUCGCCCACAGAACCUUCUGCACCGCCCGCCUCCCCUAGUCUCUUGGCUUCGUUGUCCCCCACUCUAGUAAAUAACAACCCCUCUCAGUCCCCUCCAGAGGUCCUGCCGGCAUCGCCCCCUAAUACCCCGAAUACCCCGACCCAGUCGGAGCGCUCGGCUUUCUUCUUCGAGUCUGUUGUGGCUCCAACAGCUCCUCUUCCAGAGGUACCACAGCCAAAUACAGACCUGGACACAGUGACUCUUGUGCAUGCUGAGCUGGUCUCAGACACUGCCAAGUGCUACAAAGUGCAGGCUGUACUGGUGGAGGAAGAUGAGGAAGAGGAUGUGGAGGAGCAUGAAGAAGAUGAAGGUAAAACGCAACUAGAGCCUUGUGCUGUUACCGUAGUACCAGUCCAGACUGAGGCAGAAGAGCAAGAGGAGGAAGAGGAAGAGGAGGGAUUAAAACAGGAUGCUGAGCAGGCCCCAGUGGAGGACUCAGUGGAGAUCGUGCAGAAGGAAAAAAAGGCGGAGGAAGAUGGGGCGGAGAAGGAUCAAUCAGAAGACAGGCAGACUCCCUCUGAGCCCGCCGAGCUCCCGGAGAAAGAGGAAGAGUCGACAGUCACUGACGCUGAACCAAUUUGUCAAGUAAUGAAACACGAGACCGUCGCCGUGCCGACCAAUGGGAUCACAAACGGAGAACAGAAUCAGAACGGCAUAGAGCGAUCCUUGAGUCUGUCGGACACAGAGCUCAGCUCCCCGGAGUUGACCGGGUGCUACGAACUUCAUCGCACAGAAGAGGAGGCUGACGCUAGCGAGGAAGAGGAACGGAUGAUCUCGGAAAAUGGACAAGAGGUUUCAGCAGAGCAACACAUGUGUGUCCGAGCUCUGUAUGACUACCAAGCAGAGGACGAAUCUGAGAUCUCCUUUGAACCCGGUGACAUCAUCAAGGACGUGGAAACGGUGGACAAAGCCUGGUGGAGAGGAUGGAGCAAAGAUGGCCGUCAAGGCUUGUUCCCUGCCAAUUAUGUGGAGACCAUAUAGACCGACAGAGAGAUGCAGACACUCACUCAGGGACACCAUCUCACAUUUCCACCUUAAUCCUCCCACUGAAACUUUGUACUCUCUAUUUUAAAGGAAAGUGUGACUCCCUGUUUUGUAGAAAGCAUAAAGAAAAGUGUGACUCUCUAUUUUGAUGUUUUUUGGAGCAAAACAAAAUAUGCUCUCAAGUAUGCAGAAAUUACCCAGCCUUAUUUUCUUGAAUAUAAUAGCGGAGACCUUUUUCCUGGACCAAAAUAACUUAUUUCCUUUUGAGAUACAGCAGGAAUGUUGGUGGGAGGGAUCAGAUCUCGAUGACAAAGGAUCACAAACUUGUUUCUCGUGGGAGAAACACAAACAGAUUUUUUUUUCGAGUGUAUUGUCGUCUUUUUGAAACACACCUAUAACAAGCAUUCCAUUCUGCUCAGCGUUUGCUUUGUGCGUUGCAUUGCUAAAAAAUAAUUUACUGCUUUUGACUGGUAUAUAUAAUCAAGAUACCUGUAUCAGACAUCAUCUUAUAAUCACCUUCCUGUAUCUCCUGAGUUAUUUUGUAGCACUGUUUUCUUACCGACAGUCUUGCAGCACAUUUUAAUUACCUGAACAGCAGCGACCCAGAAGAUGAACGAGCAGGAGGAAGAGGUGUUGACGUCUGCACGUCUCCAUCACUCUUUAAGACGGGCUACAGUUUGUUCAUGUGGUGAUGUCCUUCCAUACAUUAGUGAUUACGUUUCAUCUUGAUUCUUCCUAGGUUUUAAGAAAUGAGAGCAUUGUGUUAACACAGAUGAUAGGAAACAAAUCUUUCUAUUUUAAUCUUCUGUUAUAUCUUAAUCACCUACACUGUAUAUAAUAAUGUAUAAAAACGGCAAAGAGCUUCUCAUUUUCUUUACAUAUUUGUAUGUUUUAUGCUUGUUUGAUGGUGUGUAUGUUCUUUGUAUUUACUCCAAACUUACAAAUAUAAAGCAUCUUCAAACUCAAA